AUUGCUAGCGCAGUGUUACAGUGUUCAGCUAAUUUGUUUAAAUAAUGUAAAUAAAUAUAUAUAUACAUACAUAUAUACACUAAAUAUAUUAUUUAUAUGUAUUAAUUUAAUUUAGUUUUAUUGUAAGAUUUUACACAGAAAUAUUUUUUAUUCACUAAUUUGUGCCUUUAGUGUUGUUGUCCUCUGUGGUAAUGUUCCUGAAAUCAUUAUGGAUCCUCUGAGCCGUCUGAAUGCUGUGCAGCUUCAAGAUCCGCUUUCCAAACCGCUGGAUCUCUCCAAGCAGAUCUCUGAGGCCCUGGAUGUGGUGAAGAAGAAGCCGAGCUGGAGCGGCCUUGCCUCAGGGACCCACGGUAUCCGUUGUCCUCGAUCGGAGUUCAGUUAUGAGUCCAUGUGUGUACCUUUAAAUUCCUCGCUACGAAACGGACUCACCCACGAACCCAUGAAGACGCCGAUGACCGCUAUGGAGAACAUCCAGACUGAUGGGGAGAUUGGAAAAGUAACCAAUUGGCACAGGACAGGAGAGAAAAGAGACUGGAACGGAGCAGGAUUUCAGGAGGCUCCUCCAUCACUUUCCAGUUUCCGGCUCCCUGUUACCGCUGUCGAAACCCUGUCAUCGGAUUGUUCUGGACACUGUGUUUACAGUGAUGACAGCAGUGUGAUUGAGGUUCCUGUGAGCAACAGUGCCUCGCUGAUGCUCAGAGAUGCAGAAAAUCAGAACCAGGAAAAAGAAAGGAUGGAAAAUUCUUCUACGAUCCUGAUAGAGUCAGACAUACUCCAGGACAGCGACUCAAUGGAAUCCCGAAACAUUCCGUCUACCUCAGAAGCAGAAAACACAGAGUUUUUUAAACCGACACAGAACGGAUCCGGACCAUCGCCAUCACCGGACCAGAAGCGAGUGCCAGCGACUAAGAAAAAUAGAAACCAACAGCGCAAGAAAGCAACAGCGAGCGCGGCAAAGAGGAGGAAGAAAAAGCAGCUCUCAGGGUCAUCGUCGCCUCCAUUUUCGUUUCCUUCCCACGGACCUGAGAUCAAGCUGAAGUACGCAAGCUGCAAGGAGGAGAAGCGAGAAGGCAGAGGGAACGCUUUCGCACCGUACGUCCGUAUGGAGUUCUCCGCCUGCACCAUAGUCAACUUCGAGGAUGAGGGCAACAUCCAGGUGAAGAUGCAGCGACAUGGAUCCCCCGGGAUCGUCCCCACCAGCUCGUGUUUGCAUCUGGGACGCCUGAAGUCUGAGAGCAGGCAUCAGACCGGCGAGCUGUGUUGCUUGUGUGGCCGUAUGGCCAACGCCGCAGGUUUAGGGGACCUGCACGGUCCGUACCAUCCCAGAGAGGUGUCCACGAAUGUUCUGAUAAACGGACACGAGCACAGCGGUGCGAAUAGGACACGACCGUCAGACGAGGUCGGUGAGCGUUGGGUUCACGAGGACUGCAGUAUCUGGUCAACGGGAGUUUUCCUGGUUAAAGGAAGGCUGUAUGGUCUGGACGAGGCGGUCAGGCUCGCGCAGGAAACCGUGUGCUCGUGUUGCCUCACAUGCGGUGCCACACUGGGGUGCUUCUUCAAAGGCUGCCCGAAUAAAUACCACUUCCCCUGCGCUCUCCAGGCUGGAUGUGUGUUUAAUGAGGAGAACUUUACUGUGAGAUGUCUAAAGCACAAGAAUAAAUCAGGACCGGCUGUGAGCAGACUGCAGAACAGAUUAUUGAAUGCCAAUAAAACCAGAGUAUAACAAUAAUUAAAAUAAUAAAAAAGUGAACUUCAGGAUUCAGAGAGAGAAAGAAGUAUAUCAGGGUUUUUUGUUUUUUUUCCUCUACAUAAAAUGUAGAAGUGUUUACUUUUUCCUCACACACGGAGGAACAUCUCUGAAACCAAACUGCCUUCAACUUCUCCUCCACCUUCUCCUUCAUCUUUUACUUCUCUUCCUCCACCUUCAACUUCUCCUCCACCUUCUCUUUCAUCUUUUACUUCUCCUUCUCCUCCACCUUCAUUUUCUCCUCCACCUUCUCCUUCAUCCUUUACUUCUCCUCCUCCUGAACCUUCAUUUUCUCCUCCACCUUCUCCUUUAUCUUUUACUUCUCCUCCUCCUCCACCUUCAUUUUCUCCUCCACCUUGUCCUUCAUCUUUUACUUCUCUUCCUCCACCUUCAUUUUCUCCUCCACCUUCUCCUUCAUCCUUUACUUCUCCUCCUCCUCCACCUUCAUUUUCUCCUCCACCUUCUCCUUCAUCUUUUACUUCUCCUCCUCCACCUUCAUUUUCUCCUCCACCUUCUCCUUCAUCUUUUACUUCUCCUCUUCCACCUUCAUUUUCUCCUCCACCUUCUCCUUCAUCUUUUACUUCUCCUUCUCCACCUUCAUUUUCUCCUCCACCUUCUCCUUCAUCUUUUACUUCUCCUUCUCCACCUUCAUUUUCUCCUCCACCUUCUCCUUCAUCUUUUACUUCUCUUCCUCCACCUUCAUUUUCUCCUCCACCUUCUCCUUCAUCUUUUACUUCUCUUCCUCCACCUUCAACUUCUCUUCCACCUUCUCCUUCAUCUUUUACUUCUCCUCCUCCUCCACCUUCAUUUUCUCCUCCACCUUCUCCUUCAUCUUUUACUUCUCUUCCACCACCUUCAACUUCUCCUCCACCUUCUCUGCUGCUGUCUUUUCUAAAUAAAAAAGCGGAUGUUUUUAGCUGAAGGCUCGUCCCCUGAUCCCCAGCGAGCAGAUCCUCUUCAGCCCUCUUUCCUUUAUCCUGUUUCAUGUUUUUUUUGUUGUUGUUGUUGUUUCUUUUUUUUUGUUGUUGUUUGUUUUCUUUGCACCUUUUCCACCAAAACUGUGUUCACGUAUUUUUUAAUGUAUACUUGACAACAACAGGUGCUGGAUUUCUUUCUUUUAAGAAUGUGAACUUUACAGAUAUAUGUUUAUGAUUUAAAUGCACACGUUCGUGUUAAUUGUUGAACUGUUGACACGUUCCAGUCCUUCGCCGUGUGUGUGACUCCAGUCCGUGACGCCGGACGUGUCACCGUAUGCACUGUACGUCAACAUAUUUAUUUUAUUUAUGGGAUUAACGUGUAUGUGUUUUUAUUCACUGACCAACAACCUCAACUGACAAGACUACAUGCUUUAUGACAGUUUAGUAAUGCAGGGAUUAUUAUUAUUGUUGUUGUUGUUGUUGUUGUUGUUCAGGUGAUCAGACAUGACGUCUGUUGCACUUUUUGUUCAAGAGACUUUAAGACCUGAGUUUUGGAGAAAACGUGUAGGAUUGCACUCAAUGGAAUUCUUUUAUUUUUUUAUUUUAAUUUUUUUUUAAUCUGUAGGUUUAAAUAAACAUUUUUUUACACUCA